GUUUUCCUUCCCAAACUAGCACUCAGGAUUAGAAGUCACAAAAAUAGGUUUCAUUAAAGGGGUAAUUUACCUUUAUACCCUUUGUUAUAAGAAUAGAAAAAAAAAACAUUUCAUUUCAUUCGAUCGCGAAUCUUCUCCGGCUCCUCUCGGGAAUCUUCACCCUCACCGGCACUGUCGUCUCCGACUCGGGAAUCGUCGUCUCCGGCUCGGGAAUCAUCUUCUCCGACUCGGGAAUCGUCGUCUCCGGCUCGGGAAUCAUCUUCUCCGACUCGGGAAUCGAAGUCUCCGGCUCGGGAAUCAUCUUCUCCGGCUCGCUAAUCGUCUUCUCCGGCUCGCUAAUCAUCUUCUCCGGCUAUCUAAUCAUCAGCGUCACACUCUCUACUCUCAAAAUCGGUAACUUUUUAAAAUUAGGGUUUUUGAAUUAAAAUUUGGGAAGCUUGCGUUUUGAUUUUGAUUUGUGUGUUACUCGUUCUUAUUAACAAGCGAAGCAAAUGAAGACUUUUGUGUUGUUUUGUAUUUGUGUUAUUUCAGGAAAGCCUUCCAGAAAAGUUUGAAAUUUUUUUUUUCCUUGUUUACGCAGGAUAGAAACAAGAUGGGAGAUUCAGUACCUCUAAAACUAGCACUGCCAGAGCUGAAGUAUCCUAUUGGUUCACAGCCAAAAGAAAAGUCAGCAAUCAACCAAUACUCUGGUUCAGAUUAUAUCUCUAUUGUCAAAAGCAUCCUAAAACCAGAUGAGAUGAUAAGAGUCCGAGGAUCAUUUCUGGGACCUGUAAUGAAGCUCAGUGAGAGAGGAUUGAAGUUAUCAGCAAAGAUAGUCUACGCCAUUCUCACUAGAAGCAUCGUUUCUGUCAAGGAGAAUGAAGGCUGGUUCCAUUUCGGUGCGCAGCCAAUGAGGUUCUCUAUAAGAGAAUUUCAUAUGAUGACAGGCUUGAAAUGUAGUGGUGCAUUAGAAGGACCACGAAGGGAAACCGAGAGAUUUAAUUGGGAAUUGCUAAAGGGGCGUAGUCAUAAGUUAAGUGACGUGGUGGACCAGCUCAGAAACACAAGAGAAGAUGCUUCUGAGGAGAGAAUAUGCCUCGCAAUGCUCAUCCUGGUAGAGAGCAUAUUAUUGCGGAAGAGCAAAGGAGGGAGUUUUCCUUUGGAAUAUGCGAAAAAUGCACAGGAUAUGACAUAUCCAUGGGGAAAAGAGGCUUACAUUGUGCUCCUGAAGUCAAUUCAAAACGCUGUCGCGAAUCAUUUGGAGAAUAAAUCCAAAUUUGAGUUGCAAGGUUAUCCUCUAGUAUUCCUUCUUUGGAUACUAGAGUCGAUUCCUUUGCUAAGGAAUAAGUUCAGUAAGUGUGUACCAACAGUUGAGGUUCCUGGGCCGACUUACUUGUGUGAAAAAUACACUGAGAUAGAGAAUCCAUCACUUGAUAGGGUUUUACAGGUUGAAGCUGAUACAAAGCUGAAGGUCCAUUGCAUACUACCUUCUAUUCCUCAUGAUCCAGAAGAUGAUAUCUCCAUUGAAGACAAAUAUAGUGACGAGUUGGAAACAGUGAAAGAUGUAACAAAGAAAGGGUACAAGAUUACAGCCGAUGACUGGGAAAAUAGGUGUGUAGACACAUUUGACACAUUGGAUGCUCUUAUUCAAAUGAUGGCAAAUAAGGAGACUGGCCAAGCUUCUACUCCGAUUGAUGAGGAUUCAGUAAAUGAAAAAGUGAACAGGAUCAUCACGGUAAUGGAGGAGAAUCUGAAGAGCAUGAAGGAUCGAAUGUCAUUACUGGAAGAAGAAAACAUACAUCUUAGAGCUCGUGUGUCAGAGUUGGAAGGAAACAGCAAUGUUUUUCCCACUAACGUGACACAAAAGCGAUCCAGUGGGACACCUUUAUCUCCAAUGUCUCACACGCAACCAUCGAGUGAGACACCUUUAUCUCCAAUGUCUCAACAGCCUAAUUUGACACAUGAGGAGACAAUGAUUGAAUCAGCUGCAUCUCCAAAGUCUCAACAAAAUGAGGAUUACACGCAAUCAUCGAGUGAGACGCCUUUAUCUCCAAUGUCUCAACAGCCUAAUUUGACAAAUGAGGACACAAUGAAUGAAUCAGAUGAUGAAACUCCUGCCCUUGAUACUCAAGUAUUCUCUCCUAAUCUGACAAAAGAGAAAGAAACAGAAACGUCUACCGGUGAGAGGCCAUCCAAUCCUAAUCAAGAUGGAAAACCAGAUGAUGAGAUUGUGAGAGAGAAAUUAACAAGUGAGUCACCUGCUAGUCAGAGUCAAGUUUUGCAGAAAGAAACAGUAGAAAUGAAUGAGACACCUUCUUCUCCAAUAGCUCCAAAGAGUAUUGAAACUCCCGUUUAUACUCCAAGUCAGACUCAGCAGAUUGAGAGAGAGCCAUCGGAUGACACGCCUGCCCUUGAUACUCAAGUUUUUACUCCUAAUCUGACAAAAGAGAGGGAAACACAAACCUCUACUGAUGAAACGCCACCCAAAACUAAUCAAGGAGAAGGAAAACCAGAUGAUGAGAUUGUGAUUGAGUCACCUGCUGCUCAGACUCAAGUUUUGCAAAAAGAAACACUGGAAAUGAAUGAGACACCUUCUUCUCCAAUAUCUCCAAAGAGUAUUGAGGCUCAAGUUUUUACUCCAAUUCAGAAACAGCAGACGGUAACAGAGGAAACGUAUGAGGCUACACAGCCAUUGACUGAGAUCAUUUCAGCAAACAAUAAAAAGGAGGAUACACAUGCUGUGCAUUACAGACCUUCCUCUCCAUUGUCUUCACUAAUUGCACUAGUUAUUGAAGAAAAUAAGAAUGCUUUGAGUGAGACAGAAACUGCGACCCAAUAUUUUUCUACAAGUGAAGGAGAGCAUUCACAAUCAAGCAGAAAGAAUCAAGCGGAAGAAUAUCUCAAGGAUACUACAGAACCUACUACUGAGCUAGUUUCCACAGAUGUUUCGAAGACACAGCCUCUUACUCCGCAAACACAGCACCUUCAGACAAGUGAGGGAGAUCAAUCCGAUGAGACACCAUCAGAGCAGAAUCAAGCAGAAGAAAAUCUCAAGGAUACUACAGAACCUACUACUGAGCUAGUUUCCACAUAUGUUUCGAAGAUGCCGCCUAUUACUCAGCAAACAGAGCAUCUUCAGACAAGUGCUAUAGAUUUUUCAGAAAAAAACGAGGUUGAAGUAAGCAGGCUUCUAGCUCACUUUCAAAUAGGCGCAGAGGUUGAAAUUUUGUCUACUGAUGACGAAAUAUGGUAUCCAGGAAAGGUUGUUGAUCUUAAACUGUGUGAAGGACUAGAGGAGCUGACAGUUGAGUACACGACACUCUUCACAGACCAACAUAGACUUCAGAAACUUCAGGAUACUAUCACGGCUGACAAAAUACGUCCUGCAACACCAACUAGUGACCAAAAAUCCUUUGAGAUGAUGGAUAAGGUAGAAGCCUUCUACAACAAUGGCUGGAGCAGCGGACAAAUUAGCAUGGUACUUGGUGAUAACACAUACUCGGUGUGUCUCUAUACUUCUAUGGAAACUAUUCUAUUCAAACAUUCAGAUUUGCGAAUUCAUAGAGAAUGGAAAGAUGGAGUCUGGAAGAUGGCAGAUAAGGUGAAGCCUGAUAAGAAAAGGAAAGCUGCUGCCUCAUCACAAAAUUCAGGAAUGGAUAAUGUUUUCCUAAGAAGGAGCGAGAGGGUGCCUAAACGAUCUAGAGACACAAAAACUCCAUUCAAGUCUGACAGAAAUCCGGCUUUAACUGUAAUACCUGAGAUUAUACCUGCAGUUGAUCCGUUUUCAACUCCUGCGGAACAUAAGCUUUCAAGGCUUCAAAAUUGGAUGACAUUAAAGCCCGGCAUGCAUGAAACGUCCCUAUCAAUCAAUGAUAAUAAGAUAAGGAAAUCUUUCUUUCAAAGCAUGGAAAAUGCAAAAAAGGACCUUAAGAAAGAGCACAUUGAUGGAGCCUUUGCAAUGCUAAAUUGCAGAAGAAAUGAGAAUGCUGCUUGGUUCCACAACUACAAGAUUCCAAAGGCGUGCUUCCUACCUAUGGAGUUCUUGCAUUGCUUGCUCUCUGAUGAUUUGGCUUACAAGAAAGAAAAGGUCAAAGGUAAAAAGAUUUUCAACGAUUUAUUUAAAGAUACUGUGAGAGGGAAGGUAUAUCCAGAGAAGACAUGGGGAGAAGAUGUUGAUGUUGUGUAUGGGAUUACUCUUGGAAAAAAAAGCAAUGUCUGGAUUGGGAUGGAAAUUCAUUUGAAGAAGAAAAGAAUCACAGUAUAUGAUUGUUUUCAAAAGGAAAGCAACAGCAUUGAUAUUCCUCAAGUGAAAAAGUUGGCAGUGUUGAUUUCUAAUCUGCUGGUGGAAUCUUCUGGUGAUGAGGUAGAUAAGGUGAAGAUGAUUCCAUUUGAGAUUGAGCAGGCACAAGGUUUACCCAAGACAAAACAUCCUUUCAACUGUGGGAUAUUUCUUGUCAAGAUUCUGGAGUGCCAGUCAUUGAAGAUAGGAGACAUGACAAAGAUUAAUGAUGACAAUGCAUUGGAGCUAAGGAGAACCUUGUCUUGUGAGAUCUUCAACCAAUUUGUGGAUGAGAGCUUUGGGAAAUGAGAAUGAUGCAUGAAAACAUUUUUUGUUUUAGUUAAGACUCGGUUUUAGUUAUGACUGUUUAUUUUGUUAUGUUGUUGGCGUCUGGUUACAUAAGAAAGAUUGGAAGGAUAUCAAGUAUUUUAUUUGGGUAUCAUAUAUCUUGGAAGGUUAAAAUAUUGUUUCUGGAUGGGUUUCCAGAAAAAAAGUUAAGUGUUUCAAAUGUAAAAAAGAAUGAAAUGAGAUUAUAUACUAAGGAUUGGACAUGUA